AUGCAAAUGGAACCAUUGCCAUCUUCAGAUGCUGAAACUGUUCCCCUGUUGCCUCCGGACACUAAACCGCUUGAGCAUCAAAUAGCCGGUCAUUUCUAUGGUCAAUCGCAAUCCAAAUACGGUCUUCUAGAACAGAAGUCAACCGGUUUAAUACUCAAACCAUUCAUAAGUGCACCACGGGGUCCUCGUGAACAUCAAUUUUAUAUUGAUGUGUUUUCAGAUGAGUCGCUCGUACAACUACGAAGCCUUCGCCCAUUUUUACCGACAUUUUUUGGCACAUACGAAUUCGCUGGCAUGCAGUACCUUAUUCUUGAAAACAUUGUUAAAAAGUUUCAACGACCUUGUAUUGCUGAUGUAAAGAUUGGUCGAGUAACUUACGAUCGUGAUGCAAGUGAGGAAAAGAAAAAACGACUAACAAAUAACUUUUCAGCAGCAAUUGAUCUUGGUUUUCAAUUACUUGGCUGGAAAAUUUAUCAACCAACAGAAAAGAAAUAUGUCUAUCAUAGUAAACAAUGUACUCGUUCUAUUGAAAGGCACAAAAUCUUCAGCGCUCUUGCUAAUUUCUUCGGUGCACCGGAAAACGAUUAUCGUUCAGUGGUACGAGCUGUGCUCGAACGUCUUCGCACUUUGGAACAUUUUAUGAAGGAUCUUGAUGGUUUUGUUUUUAUUGCAACGUCUCUUUUAAUAGUUUACGAUGGUGAAUAUCAUCAAUCAUGUGCUCCGUUGAUACCAAAAGUUGACGUUCGACUUAUUGAUUUUGCACAUGUGUUCCCAGCCAGUGACCACCAGAGCAAUCCAGUUAAUCAAUCAAACGAAAAUUUUCUCUUCGGGCUUCGUAGUUACACGAAGCAUUUAGAAGUUAUACUCCACGACAAUUUCAUGUAUCUUCCUGUGGAAAAGUUAAACCAUACUGAAUCAGAAAAUGCUUCAUCAUGUUGUUACACAACAUUCACUUGA